AUGGUGCAGCAGGCCUGUGAUUCCACUAUUCGGGGAGGCGGAGGCAGUUUGAUUGCUGUGGUCCCACACCAGCCUGGCCUACAAAUCGCCUCUUACCUGCUGGCUGCCCUCUGGGGCAACUCCUCUCCUAGCACCAAAGACAUCAAGAAGAUACUAGACAGUGUGGGCAUCAAGGCGGAUGAUGCCUGCCUCAACAAGGUUAUCAGUGAGCUGAAUGGAAAAAACAUUGAGAAUGUCAUUGCUCAGAGUGUUCGCAAGCUCGCCAGUGUGCCUGCUGGUGGGGCUGUAGCUGUUUCUGCUGCCCCUGGCUCAGCAGCUCAGGCUGCUGGUUCUGCCCCUGCUGCAGGGGAGGAGAAGAAAGAUGAGAAGAAGAAGGAGUCUGAAGAGUCAGAUGAUGACAUGGGAUUUGGCUUGUUUGAUUAA